AUGGAAGAGUUAUCUCUAGUCUCAUUAAUAAAUUCAUUCGUUAUAUUUAUUCAAAACAUUGCAAUAGCGUUAGGAUUUUUCAAGCUUCAUCCGCCAUUAUGGCUCAAAAAACUUGGAAAUCUGUUCAUAAAUUUGAUUACAACAAUAUUUGAUAUUUACAAUGCAACAGAAGAGUUUGAUGCUCCAUCUAAACUCGUUUUUAAUUGUAUUUUGCUCCCAAUAGUUAUAAUGAUAGUUGGGCAAUUAUUUAUGGGAGGAGUUGGUGUUAUUAAGUAUAUGUUCCUUAUUCCAUUUGGUUUUAUUCUUGGUCUUGGAAUUAUUGACAUGGCAUUGAACAAGAGCUGGUAUAUAUUAGCAGGUGCUGGAGGUGCAAUAAUUAUCUUGAUAAUCCUUAAUUGGUAUCUAUCCUCAUGCCUUGAAGGUCAUUUUGAAUUUGCACAUGUCCCAAAGAGCUAUUUUCUAGGUUUUCUUCAUUUGAUUGUUUCAGGAGUAUUCUUAGCAUCUGGACUUGCGAUGUGUGGAGUUAUUAAAAAAUAUAGUAAUUUGAAGAAAAUAUUUUUCCCCGUAGGAGCAGUUAUUCAUUUCAUUAUAGCAGCACUCAUCUUUGUUGUAGCAGUUCUUAGAGUUUCUGAAUGCGGCGCAAGGAUAAUGACAAGAAUUAAAUUCUUUUUAAGAUUGAAUGUAAUGAAAUUGAUUUUUUUAAUUUUCAACGCAAUCUACUUACCAAUUUUCCAAUCAAUUUUAAACUCAAUGAUGACGAUCAAAAAUGUUUGCCCUAAUGGUUCAAGACCAUACUCCUAUAAUCCAAGAACAUUUGCUUCAGCAAGGUAUUUUUCAUGUCUUUACAAUGACAAAAUUACAUAUAGUAAUAAUGCACCAAGAUUUAGAUACAAUCUUGCAACAGUCACAAAUAUUUGGUAUACAGAUAUGGCUGCACCAAUUAUUUAUUGCAUCAUUUUCAAUAUUAUUGCAUAUCCAAUAUUUUUAUAUUUAAUAAUAAGAUUAAUGCAUAAAACUUAUGGAGAAGAAUCAUACAGAAUGGAAAAUGCUGGGGCUAGCUUAUUCACAGAUUAUAAAGAGAAGUAUAAAUAUUGGAUUCAUGUAAUGUUAUUAUAUAAACUUGUUGUUGCUACCAUUCAAACAUUAGCCAAUGUAUAUGUUCCAGGAUUAAUGUUAUUAUUAUUAUUUGUUUAUGUGGGAUUUGGGGUUCUAAUCUUCUUCCUUCAACCUUACAAUAACAAGUAUAAUAAUUGGAUUGAAAUCCUUAAUAAUGGUCUGAGCUUUAUAUUUUCAUUAUUACCAGUUGCUGCAGCAUUUGGAGCAAAUGUUCCUCCCUUAGUAACGACAAUUAUGAGUGGAGUUGAGACAUUUAUAUCCCUUGUUGUUUCAGUUGUUGCUUAUAUUUUAGAUAAGAGAACACAAAGAAAUGAAAAAAAGGCCAAGAAAACAAAAGAACUUGAUGCUAAUGAAUCAAUGGAAAUAAUAAUUCUCAUAUAUUUAAGUAUAGUUAUUUAUUUUGCAUCAGCCGUUAUGGGCAUAUACAUUUUUAUCAAAAGAUUCGCAAAACCUCAAAAUAGAAGCAGUGAUCUUGAUGUAAUUCCUUUGAACACAUGUGUUUUCUUAGAAUAUAAUGCAAAGAUGGACUUUUUCGAUACAAACAAUUGCAUGCAUUUUUCUGAAAUCAAAGAUUCCCUAAGUUAUGCAUAUAUGCCUUUUAACACACGUGAGGAAUGA